AUGGAGUCGGAAUCGUCGAAUGGGUUCAAAAGGAACUCGGUCAGCCAAGGAUCAUACAGUCGUCCGGUGGAACGCCGCCCCAGCAAGAAAUCAUCCUCCAAAGAUCGCCAUGGGAUGGUCUACCCCGACAGCUUCAGGGAUACCGGCAUCCGGACGGUGACGCCGGACUCCACCCAGGAGGCCACCAACCAGUCACCCUUGUCGGAGACGGAGUAUCUCUCGUCGAGCGCAGCUCCCUCUCCUCGUGUCACCGCCCGGACGAGAGCUUCCGACCUGGAGGCGCGCCGCGAUUUCCACCCUUACUACUCGGCGGGGGAUGAAGAUGAGGCUCAGGUGGAAUCGAGGAGCCAGCGGGCGCGAUCCCGAACGACGACCUUGGAUGACCAGCGCAGCGAAAUCUCCCCCAACUCGUUUCUCACCCGGACGCGGAAUCGUCUGGGCUCCAUUAACACCACGGCCUCGCAGGUGAAGUCGCCCGACGAGCAAUCGUCCGCCUCCAUCGGAUUUCCCUCCAUCCAAUCGCCCACCUAUUUCAGCCAAUCCCUCGGUCGCCAACGAUUAAGCAAAACGCCGCUGAGCUCGAGCCUCCUGGCCAGCCUGAACACGGGCCAGACUUCCUCCCCCCUAUCGAGUACGGAUGCCACCAAGAUCCUGCAGCUGAUGAAGACCACCUGCGGACGGAUGCACGGCAUUCUUUCCUUUCGAACGGCUUCCACAACCGCCUGGACGUCGGGUUACUGUGCCAUCAACGUUGCCACGGGGAGCCUGAUCUACCAGGCGAAGGGCGAGCCGGCAUUGGCCAAGACACUCAUCCCCGACCUUCGUGGCUGCCAGGUACGCUCGCUCGUCGACCCGGAACUUCGGACGAAUUAUCUCAGCGUAUCAACCUUCACCUCCGGUCUCGGCGUCGAGUUGCGCCCCCAUGUAAGUGAGACCUUCGAUUCCUGGCUCGCCGCCUUGCUGUGUUGGCAACCGAUCAGACCGAAGGGCGUCCAGAACAAAAUGACCAAACCCCAAUCCGUCGCAAUUGGCGACCGCCGUCUGACCGACCGGCGACGGAAUUCCGAGAGCACGGUGCAGAAAGAUGCGGCUAUAAUCAAGGUGGGCAAAAUGCUUCUCUGGGACAGGCCCAGUGCGUCGGGAGCCCGGCCGUCUUCGGGUCGGCGCGUUUCGACCUACCGUCAGCAGCGCGCUCUAUCGUCGUCGUGGCAGAAAGUCAGCUGCACCUUGCAGGAGAAUGGGGUAUUCAAGCUGUUCACCGAGUCCGACAUCACCCUGGUGGCGUGCAUUCAAUUGUCACAACUCUCCCGAUGUGCGGUGCAGAAGCUGAACUCCUCCGUUCUGGAGGACGAAUUCUGCAUUGCCAUCUACCCGCAGUACGCCGCACACGCGGUGUCGGGAUUGACUCGCCCCGUAUAUCUCGCUCUUGAAAGCCGAGUCCUCUUUGAAGUGUGGUUUGUGCUUUUGCGCGCCUUCACCAUCCCGGAGCUCUACGGACCGGAAUCGUCGAUCGAAGAUGAUCCCACCAAAACGUCUGCGCCCACCGAAACGAGCACGCCGUCGAUGGCAGACAUGUUCAGGAUUGAGAGGAAUCUGAGCAUUCGAGUGACGGAGGCGAAGCUCUAUCGCAACAAGGCGGAGGAGACCCCGCGAAGCCGAAAGCAGUCCCGGUCCCACAGCAACUCGGUUCCGACAUCUGCUAUCAAUGAUUAUUACACGGAAAUCCUACUCGAUGGCGAGAUACGAGCCAAAACCGCCGUCAAAUACCGUAUCGCAAAUCCCUUUUGGCGAGAGGACUUUGAGUUCCACGACCUCCCACCCGUCUUGUCGCAAGCCUCGAUCCUCGUCAAGACCCUCAACCCUACGCAGAAAGACUGGACGCUCAUUUCCCACGGGUCCUAUGCCUUGUCCCAAGACACGGGCUCUUCGCGUGCGCUGGAUGACGUCGAGAUCUCCUCUCACGAUGCCACGCACGGGCGGGUAGAUUUACGACUGGACGACCUGGAACCCGGCGUGGAGAUUGAGAAAUGGUGGCCGAUCCUGGAUAAUCGGGACCAGCCUGUAGGCGAGAUGCUGAUGAGGGCUCGAAUGGAAGAGACGGUCGUUCUCAUGUCCCACGAAUAUGCGCCCAUGUCCGAACUUCUUCAUUCCUUCACCAACGGCCUGACCAUCAAUAUGGCUCACGUCAUGUCUUCCGAGCUCAACCAGCUGUCGGAGGCUCUGUUGAACAUAUAUCAAGUGUCGGGCACCACUGUCGAGUGGAUCUCUGCCUUGGUGGAAGACGAGAUAGAUGGCGUGCACAAGGAAUCCACGGCAAACCGACUGCGCUAUACCACCAGAAUCCAUUCCAAUGACUCGAGAGAAUCGGGGCACGAUCGGGAGGUCCUGGUAAGAGAUAUGGGGCGCACUGCCACCGUGGAGGCGAACCUACUCUUCCGGGGGAACUCGCUGCUCACCAAGGCACUCGACUUCCACAUGCGUCGUCUCGGGAAAGAAUACCUGGAAGAAACCAUUGGCGAGCGACUACGCGACAUCGAUGAGAGUGAUCCGGAAUGCGAAAUCGACCCGUCACGCCUGAACCGUUCAGACGACCUGGAACGGAACUGGAGGAACCUGGUCGCUCUCACCACCGGUGUUUGGAAAGCCAUCGCUGGGUCGGCUUCUCGGUGUCCCGCGGAGCUAAGACUUAUCUUCAGGCACAUCAGAGCUUGUGCUGAAGAUCGCUACGGCGACUUUCUUCGGACGGUGACCUACAGCAGUGUCUCGGGCUUUUUGUUCUUGCGAUUCUUCUGUCCAGCAAUUCUGAACCCGAAACUUUUCGGGCUGCUUAAAGAUCACCCUCGUCCACGUGCUCAACGUACUUUGACACUGAUCGCAAAGGCACUGCAAGGCCUGGCCAACAUGACCACCUUCGGUAGCAAGGAACCUUGGAUGGAGCCGAUGAACAAGUUCUUGGUCAGCAAUCGCUCGGAUUUCAAGACAUUCGUCGAUUCCAUCUGCGCUAUACCUGCAGACCGGCCGGCUCCGAUUGUCACGCCCUCCUAUGCCACGCCCAUUCAAAUCCUCGGCCGCUUACCACCCACCUCACGCGAAGGGUUCCCCAGUCUUCCGUUCUUGAUCGACCACGCCCGGAGCUUCGCCAAUUUGAUCAGGAUAUGGCUCGACGUGGCACCGGAGAGACUCGGCGGCCUUGAAGACAUCGAUCAGGCUGUCGGGAAAUUCCAUGAGGUGGCCCUUCGCCUUCAGCAGCGUACUCGAGAAUGUCUGCAGAAGGCUGAGCAAGCCGAGCGUCCAAGCGGAAAUCUUGAAAUCAAAUGGGAAGAGUUGGUUGAUUCGAUGGAACGAUCGGCUACUUUCUACGAGGACAGCUCCAAGCCCACGACUCCGGCUACGGAGACCGCAGUGGUAGGGUCGGCAUCUGUUGCUGGGAACCAGCGAAACUCGAUUGGUUACUUCGCAUCGCGGCCGUCUCUCCCCCGUCGGUCGACGGAUUAUGCCGCCGAAGCCGAUGAUGAAACGCCUCCGAGUUCCUCAUCCGCCACUUGGGACCAAAGCCGUGUGCCCUUUUCGAUUCCGCGAUGGCCCGAUCCCCGAGACAGCACCAGCAGUUCCAAGAACUCCUCCACCUAUUCUCUUGAAUACACCGCGGAUACCUCCAAGUCGGCACGUCGGUCUAGCAUCACUCGGGAAACGACGAGCAAGUACCGAUUUUUCGACUUUGUUCCGGCGCCAUCGCGACGGAAAGCAAAGGACCGAGACAACGCUCAGCAACAAUCUCGGGAAGAACUUCGAAAUGACUUCUAA